AUGAAGACUUUAGCCAAUGAUCUUAAUAUACCACAAUCGGAAGAUACUAUCAUUGAACCAAAAGCCUCUACCCCAGUAAAACAUGAAAAUGUUAUCAAUCCUGUUAAAGAGGAGGAGGACUCAGAUGGCUUUGAAGAUGACACCUUUAUAUCAUCCUCCAGAAGGAAUGCAAAGAGAGUAAUCAGCUAUGCUGAAGAUAGUGACAGCGAUGAUGAACCAUUAAUAAAGAAACAAUCAAGGAAAAUUAGAAAAGUAAGAUCUGAUGAUGAUGACGACGAUUUAGAAUUUACGUUAGACACUUCAGUUGUAUCUGAAAAAGAAGAUGAGGAGGAAUAUAUUGAACCAAAGAAGACAUUUAGUGACAGUAAUGAUGAUGACGAUGAUGAUAUUCUCUCCCUUGUUGAAAAGCCGAAACGAGCUGUUGCAAAAACUUUCAAACCAUUAGUCAAAGCAUCUCCAAAACCUGUCUUUAAAUCAAAAACUUUUGCUCAAGCUCCAAAACAUGCAAACUUUAAUAAGCAACAUCAAGAAAGAUAUCAAUGGUUAAUUGAUAUUCGUGAUGCAGAAAAAAGACCAAUGACAGACCCUGAAUAUGAUCCUAAGACACUUUAUAUCCCCACCUCUGCUUGGAACAAGUUUACAGCAUUCGAGAAACAGUAUUGGGAAAUUAAGUCAAAAAUGUGGGAUUGCGUUGUCUUUUUUAAAAAAGGUAAGUUUUUUGAGUUAUAUGAGAAGGAUGCAAUUUUAGGUAACACACUUUUUGAUCUAAAAAUUGCUGGUGGUGGAAGAGCUAAUAUGAAUUUAGCAGGUAUACCAGAAAUGUCAUUUGAUCAUUGGGCAUCUCAAUUUAUCGAGUAUGGUUACAAGGUAGCUAAAGUAGAUCAGCGUGAAUCAAUGUUAGCUAAAGAAAUGCGUGAAGGUUCUAAAGGUAUUGUUAAAAGAGAACUUGAAUGCGUUUUGACAUCCGGUACAUUAACGGAAAGUAAUAUGCUUCACUCAGAUUUAGCAACAUACUGUCUCGCGGUUAGAGAAGAACCCGGUAAUUUCUAUGAGGCUGAUACCCAAAAUAUCGUCUCGGUAGAUUCUACUUUGAAGAACAAACUAUUUGGAGUGUCAUUUAUCGAUACCGCUACCGGUGAAAUACAAUUGAUCGAACUCGAAGAUGAUAACGAAUGUACUAAAUUGGAAACAUUGAUGUCCCAAGUUAGACCCAAGGAAAUUAUAAUGGAAAAAGAUAAUUUAUCAAAUUUAGCUCAUAAAAUAAUCAAAUUCAAUUCUGCACCUCAAGCCAUUAUGAAUUAUUUAAAAGCUGGAGAAGAAUUUUAUGAUUUCUAUAAAACACAUGAUGAAUUGCUUUCAGAAGAAAAUAAUUAUUUUAAAGAUUCUUCAGAAUGGCCAGCUAUUCUUCAAACUUACUAUAAAAAUAAAAAGCAAGUUGGUUUUUCUGCAUUAGGAGGACUAUUAUAUUAUUUAAAAUGGCUAAAAUUAGAUGGUAAUUUAAUUUCGUUAGGGAAUAUGAAAGAAUAUGAUUUAGUAGGAUCUCAAAAAUCUCUAAUUCUAGAUGGUGUCACACUACAGAAUCUUGAAAUAUUUUCAAAUUCUUUUGAUGGUUCCGAUAAGGGAACUUUAUUUAAACUUUUCAAUUUAUCAAUUACUCCAAUGGGUAAAAGAAUGAUGAAAAAUUGGGUGAUGCAUCCAUUGUUACAGAAAUCAGAUAUAGAGAAAAGAUUAGAUAGUGUAGAUUUACUAUUAUCAGAUGUAGAAUUACGUGACGUUUUUGAAUCGCACUUCAUCAGACUUCCUGAUUUGGAAAGAAUGCUUGCAAGGAUCCAUUCAACAACGAUCAAAAUGAAAGAUUUCGAAAAGGUAAUUCAGGGUUUUGAAACAAUAGUUAAGAUGAUCGAUACCCUAAAAGAUAGAGCAAAUAAAGGUGCUCUGGGAAUUUAUAUAUCUCAAAUUCCUGUAGAUUUACGUUCUAGUGUUGACAAAUGGUCAAAUUCAUUUGAUCGUGCCUGUGCCAUAGAAGAAGAUAAGAUUAUUCCUAUAAAGGGUGUCGAACCAGAGUUUGAUGAAUCCUUAAAUCAAAUUAAAGUAAUAGAAGAUGAAUUAAACAAAAUUUUGCUUGAAUAUAGAAAAAGGUUUAAAUGUUCUAGUAUUCAAUAUAAGGAUUCUGGUAAAGAACUUUUCACAAUUGAAGUACCAAUGGCAGCAACAAAACAAAUCCCUUCUUCUUGGGUACAAAUGGGGUCCAACAAAUCCACGAAGAGAUAUUACUCUGAUGAAGUUAGCGUUUUAGCAAGAUCGAUGGCAGAGGCUCGUGAGAAACACAAAAUUGUGGAAAAUGAUUUAAAGAAUAGAAUAUGUAAAAAGUUUGAUUCUCUUUAUAAGGAAGUUUGGAAACCGACUGUUACUAUGAUAUCAAACAUAGAUUGUAUAUUAGCAUUAACUCGUACAUCAGAGUCGUUAGGAUACCCAUCGUGUAGACCCAAAUUUGUAGAUGAAGUUGAUGAAAACACGGGCAAUAAAUUAAAUGGAUUUAUGAAAUUCAAGUCAUUAAGACAUCCUUGUUUUAAUCUUGGCUCAACUACCGUUAAGGAAUUUAUACCUAAUGAUAUCGAGCUUGGUAACGAUGUUUCCCGAGUAACAUUAUUAACUGGUGCUAAUGCGGCAGGUAAAUCAACAGUUUUAAGAAUGUCAUGCAUUGCUGUCAUUAUGGCACAAAUUGGUUGUUAUGUACCUUGUGGAAGUGCAGAGCUGUCUCCUGUGGAUCGUAUUAUGACUAGAUUAGGUGCAAAUGACAAUAUUAUGCAAGGUAAAUCUACUUUUUUUGUUGAAUUAUCUGAAACUAAAAAAAUGUUAGACUUAGCUACAAAUAGAUCAUUGUUGGUUCUUGACGAAUUAGGAAGAGGUGGUUCUUCUAAUGAUGGUUUUGCAAUUGCAGAAUGUGUUUUAUAUCAUCUGGCAACACAUAUUCAAAGUAUGAGUUUCUUUGCAACACAUUACGCUGCUCUUGGCUUAAAUUUCAAAGGACACCCUGAUGUGAGGCCUAUGAAAAUGAAUAUUUUAGUUGAUGAACAAACUAGAAAUAUUACUUUUCUAUAUCAAUUAGUAAAUGGUGAAAGUGGCAAAUCAUUUGGUAUGCAUGUUGCAUCCAUGUGUGGUAUCAGCAAAACAAUUGUUGAUGAAGCUCAAAUAGCAGCUGAAAACCAUGAGCAUACUUCUGAGAUUAUCAAAAAACAGAAUUUAGCAUUAAAAGGUUUAAAUAAAGAGAGAGUAGAUAUGCCAUUGGGACUCCAAAGUGAUUUCAUUCGAUUAACAAAGGGUGAUGGAUUAACUAACUCUAAACUUGGUACUGGCGAAAACGUCACCAUAUAUGAUAAUAAUAUAAAAGCGAAUGUGCUUAAGACAUUAUUUUCUCUAAUUGAAUCAAUUUGA